AUGUCGUCCUGUUGUGGUUCUCGCAAAUCAACUCGCGGCAGAGGAGACGACACAGAGCCUCUGCUGCCCCGUUACGAUGAAGACACCUCCCGGCAACGCCGGCUACGACAAAAACUGCAUUCCUAUCUGAAGUACAAGGCCAUUUCCGAGGGAUACAUGCCAUCGAAUGAGCAAGUCAUCACGAAUCUACGUACUCUGUUGGCAUCAGACGUUCUCAAUCCGUGCAGGGACGACGUGAGUGAGCCAGGUCGGCAGUUGGCACGCGAUGUAAAGACCUUGAUGAAAAGCUUUAUCGAGCUACUCAAAGAUAAGAAUGAUCAGGAUCAGAUUCAGGAAUUCUUCUGGCAUCUUUCCAAGUCGAGGGUAUCAAUCAACUCUCCGGCUCUGUCUAGUCAGGCCGCACAUGCCACUUCUCAAGCCAAUACCGGAGCUGCGUACGACAGCCUUCGCACAGUCGGUGGCCUAUUGCUCACAAAUGCCGAUUUCCGCCUAUUUCUCGAUGACGUCGCAACUAUUGGCCGCCAGGUUUUUGCCGACACUACCUAUACCAUAUCCGAAGCAGCGCAUGAAGUUGCUGAAGCUGCGGAACCCUCGCAAGAUGAAUUGAAAAAGGUAGACGGCGCCGGUGCCGACGAUGGAAAACCGCCGAGCAAGGAUGAUCUUCAGAAAGAAGUCAAUCAAAUUGUCAAUACUGCAGAGCAAGGAAUUGCCCAUGCAGGCCAAGCGUCAAUAGAAAGUGCAGACCAGAACUUUUCUGGUUCUCAGCGGGACGCGUUGCUCAAUCGACUCAAACAAGCAGUUCUACAACUGCGGAAGCGAAACGACUACACGGCCUCGGUCUCGACUUUAUCGAAGCUUAUGCAGCGAUACGGAAAGAUGUAUGCAAACGCUGUGGAAGAAACAGCAAGCGCUGUCAAUGAAGAUGUGGAAGUCAAUCGGGACCUCAAAAAAGCAGUUGACAGCUUCUGGAUUCUAGUUCGGUCGUUCGGAAGUAGCCAAGAGUGGGAGUACUUGGAAAAGUGUUUCCAUGACGUGAUGAGACAUGCCAACAAGGAUCCAGAGUUUGAAACUCUGUUAGGUGAUAUCGGUAAAUCCCUCCAGGAGAUGCUAACGGACCCGGCGUUUUUCGACUCGGCCCCGGAACGACUCGAUCAACUUAAAGAGAAAUCCAAAAACGUGGGCGGUGAGUCCGGUCUUCGAAAUGAUAUUGAGGCAUUCUUACAACAAGUAAGACGUACGUUGAGGUCAAUACCCCACGAUCCAAGUAUUGCCAAGAUGAAUGCCGCUGCGAAGAAGAUUAUACGAGACGUGUCGAAUGUAUACACCAAUCAAACAAGUACCAUCGUCGCUGACGCCUUUCAUAUCUUUCUUCCGUUACUUAUCCGCAGUAUUCAGUAUAUUCCUAUCCCAAGACUGGAGAUUUCAGUUCCAGAAAUGGACUUGCUUAUCGAGAAUUUGAUCUUAGAGCCUGGAAGAACCGUUAACCAGUCAUCAUUCUUCCCAUACAAGGUUCUCGUCACUUCCAAGACCAACAUGGAGCUGGCAAAGGUACACUCGAAAAAGGCAAAGACAGACAUCAAGACGAUACUCACGGUGAACCUCCAAGGGCUUAAUAUCAGUGCGUCAGACUUUGGCUACUGGAUUCGGGCCCAUAGUGGACUGCUUUUCCGGUUCGGUGACGAAGGAAUUGCCAGUUUCUUCCUUGACGAACGCGGUAUAGACGUUGCCGUUGAUCUGGAAAUUGGUCGAGACCGGCUCGCCCACCUGGUCAAGCUGAGGGGUGUCCGCGUGCACAUUCAUAAACUGGACUAUAAGAUCCAACGCAGCCGAUGGAAGCUUUUGCUGUGGCUUGUCAAGCCGUUGUUGAAGCAAUUGAUUCGUCGAACAUUAGAGCGAAAGAUUGCCGAGAUUAUUGUGUCGUUGGUCAUUACUAUAAAUAGGGAAUUGGUCUUUGCCCGAGAGCGUUUGCGUGCAGUCAAUAUCGCCAAUCCUCAAGAUUUCGAGACAUUUAUUCGAGCAUUGCUCGCGCGGCCAAAAACAUAUGCCAACCCAGAGGUCUAUUCAAGGGUAGGAGCAUAUCCUCCGAGAAGCGGGGUAUUCAAAGAUGUGUACACGUCGGGCAGCAUGGUCAAGAUCUGGAGAGACAAGGCAGAAAGAGCCCACGACGUGACUGAAGAGAGCGAAGAGGGCCGUAAUAGCGAUGGUCUUCAUUUGACAUGGCGCAACAGUAUUUUUGACGUCAACGUGACGUCCGCCAACUAA